UUGCUGGUCACAUGCGCACGUUCAUGAGCUCUCUGUCUUCCUCCCUCCUCUGUACGCUGCCGGGCCGUCGUCCCCCGUGCCCUUCCUUCCCGUCUCCUGGGGGACGAUUUAUUUAGAGCGAUCAAUUGUCGCAGAAGAUUGCCAGGGGUUUAGGCAAAAUGGCCCUCUCGUCGUGCAGGGCCAAUUUCGUGCAUUCUGCGGUUGCCACGCUGAAUUCUUCGACGCAGGGGCGUGCGACUAGCUUUUCUGUGUCUCUUGCGAGAUCGACGACAAAUCGGUUGCCUUUGAGGAGUUACAGUUUGAGCGAAUCGAACGUGUCGGGAUUAGGGAGGAGAGGAGCAGGUUGUGGACGAGCUUCGGGUGGUAGAUUAUCCGUUUCGGUUCGGAGCUUGAACAACAAUUCUCAGGUUGCAGGAGAUGUGUCUGGCGAUGACAAGAGUGGGAAGGAGAAGGUGACUGUGCUGGUGCUGGGGUCGGGAGGUAGAGAGCAUUCGCUUUGUUAUGGGCUGCGGCGCUCUGCUACAUGUGGGGUAGUCUUUUGCGCUCCCGGUAACGCCGGGAUUCAGCUCUCUGGUGACGCAAAGUGUCUACCGGACCUUGAUAUUACCAACUCUUUAGCAGUUGCAGAGUUUUGUAAGGAGAAUGGAGUGGGAUUGGUCGUUGUUGGCCCAGAAGGCCCUCUCGUUUCCGGGAUGGUGGACGACCUUAAGGGCGAGGGGAUUCCUACCUUCGGCCCUUCGGCAGAGGCAGCAACCUUGGAAGGAUCGAAGAGUUUCAUGAAGAACUUGUGUGACAAGUACCAAAUUCCCACUGCGAAGUACGCCUGUUUCACAAAUGCCGAGAAAGCCAAGGAAUAUAUUCAGGAGCAAGGUGCACCUAUUGUAGUGAAGGCCGAUGGUCUGGCAGCGGGUAAGGGCGUUGUCGUUGCGACAGCGCUGAGUGAAGCACUGGACGCCGUCGAUUCCAUGCUCACCGAGGGAAUUUUCGGUUCCGCUGGAGGCAUGCUAGUUGUGGAAGAAUUUCUGGACGGAGAGGAGGUCUCUUUUUUCGCAAUUGUUGACGGGGAAAACGCAGUUCCACUAGUAUCAGCGCAAGAUCACAAGCGAGUUGGGGAUGGAGAUACUGGUCCUAACACCGGGGGUAUGGGGGCAUACUCUCCAGCACCUGCUUUGACUCCCGAGCUUGAGAAAAUAGUCAUGGACACCAUAGUACUUCCCACUGUCAGAGGAAUGGCCAAGGAAGGUUGCACGUUUGUUGGUGUUUUAUAUGCAGGCAUCAUAAUUGAAAAGAAAAAUGGAUUACCAAAGCUCCUCGAGUACAAUGUACGCUUUGGUGACCCGGAAUGCCAGGUUUUGAUGAUGAGGCUCCAGUCCGAUCUUGUACAAUUACUGCUCGCUGCAUGCAAAGGUGAGCUGAAGGGCGUGGAGCUCGAGUGGACCGAUGACCCAGCGCUAGUUGUAGUGAUGGCUAGCAAUGGGUAUCCUGGUGACUAUAAGAAAGGCACCAUGAUUUUGAACCUGGAAGCUGCAGAACGAUAUGGCUCAAAAGUUAAACUGUUUCAUGCGGGCACUGCUCUUGAUUCGCAAGAAAACAUCGUAGCUGCCGGAGGAAGGGUUCUUGGUAUAACAGCCAUGGGCAAAGAUAUUGUAGAGGCGCAAAAGCAGGCUUAUGAGGUAGUAGAUCAAAUAAACUGGGAAGAGGGUUUUUGCAGGCGCGAUAUAGGUUGGAGAGCUGUGGAACGCUGCAAGGAGAAUGUAGCGUGAUUUUCUGUCCCCGCCUAGGAGUUUCUAUAAUUAAGAAUUGGUGGAACGUUUCUGAAUCGGGGUUUUGACUUUCCUGUACUUUAUUAAGUGGACGCCUUAUACUAGUUAUUUUAGGAUCCGGAGAUUUAGAUUCAGACCUUGACGUGGCUUCCUUGUCACUAGGUUCUCAGUUUGAUCAUCUUAUAUCAGUUUUAGAUUCGACAAUUCUGUCCCAAGUUUUGACAGUGCAAGGUUAGCAACAUGGCUAUCAAAUAAACGUCAGUUGACGGUUUCGGAGAUGGGUAAGGUUUGAAUGAGCCUAACAUUAAGCUCUUCCAUGUAUUAACUGCACAGAUUGAAGCACUUCUGAGCCGAGAAAGCUCUAGUACAUCAUCGCAGCACUACAACAAGCUCGAAACUUUGUAACUAUACCACUUUAGAAAUAAUCCACUCAGAUCCUGGUCUCUUGAAGUCA